GGAUCCUGCUAAAGAGAAGAAGACGUUUUGAAACGUGGAUCGUGGUUUCAUUUUUCUUUUUAUUGGAAUACAAGUUUUAGAUUUUAGACUAGCAUAUGUCCAUAAGCCAUAUUAAAAGGCCGCCGCCGCCGCGACGACAGAAAUAUAUCAAUUCAACAUGCCAUGGACUUGUGCUGUGCCGAAUUGUAGGACAAAUAAAGAUAAACGUAAUGAAAAAGUAUCUGUUUUCAUAGUGAAAAAUGAAAAUUUUGGUGCAAAAUGGGCAGCAUUAAUUCCCGGAAUAGAACGUUUGCGAACGGGUCAGCGAAUAUGUGAAAAACAUUUUGAAGAACGUUACAUAAUUAGAGAAUAUAUCAAGUACGAUAAUAAUGGGAAAAUUAUAGCUCAGGUACCAUUAAAACGUACGCGUUUACGACCAGGAGCUGUACCUACAAUAUUUGAUGGAUAUCCAUUGCAAUCUCGAUCGAGAUCAAGAAGCCCACAACAAGACGUACAAGAUGUAAUAAGACACACAAUGAGGAAAUACGCCAGAUUUUAUACAGAUCAUACAUAUGCAGUACAAGAACCAGCAAAAUGUUCAAAGUCAACAGCUAAAGAGGAAGUAACCGCAAGUAGUACAACAAAGUGUUCCGAGUCAACGAUUAGGGAACAAGAAGUGAUUGCAAGUAAUAGAGCAAAAUAUUCAAAAUCAACAAUUAAAGAAGAAGAAGAAGAAGUAAGUGCAAGUAGUGCAAUAAAGUAUCCAAGGUCAACAACUACAGAAGAAGGAGUAAGUGCAAGCAGUACAGCAAAAUAUUCAAAUUCAGUAACUAAAGAAAAAGAAGCAAACAUAAGUACGGUAGUAUUGGAGAAACAUCAAAAUGAAGUUCAGGAAAUAUUACAGCUUAAGUCAAUAAAGCAGGGUGAAUUUGUGAACAAUGACAUAGAACGAUACGUACAUCAAAAUAAUGAAUGUUCUGCUAUUGUCUCUCUGGACCUUGAUAGCAGUGUUCCUUCUCAUUAUUCUAUUAAUUCAAGUAUAAUGUCUUCUGUGAAAUCGGAUGUAAAUAUUGAUUGUUCUAUAAACAAUAACAUGCAACCUGAAUCAUUUGUGACAGUUACCAAAGCAGAAGAUAAAUUGAAAAUGCUUCAUUUUACAAGUUCUGGGUUUCCAUUUACUACAGUAAUGUUUGACUCUAUCGGUUUUAACUUUGAAUCUCAACAAGACGAUACUUUUGAGAAUAAUGCACCUUUGAAAAUACCGAAACCAUGGAUCGUCGGCAAUUCUAAAGUUGGCGAUGAAGAAGCUCUCUUAUUUACAUAUGCUAUAAGAGUGAAUGAUUGCGGAAAAGAAAAGCAUAUUUUUGCAAAAUCUGUUCUAGUCACAGGUUCUAGAAAAAUAACUUACGAAAUAUACAUGACACCCGUUGAUGUAAUAGCUGCAAAACUUCCACGAAUAUUAACUAAAAUCACUAUGAUACCAGAAAUUUUGAAAAAAUUUAAAGAUUUACGCACAUGUAAAGGAAUAACGUCCACUGGUUUAGAUACAAUUCGUGCAAACACUGCUCUAAAAAAUUGUAUUGGUACGGAUUGGCGUCAUGCAGACUGCUCUAUAUUAUCUAUCAUGAGUGAAAGAUGUAAUUCAUGUAAAAAAUAUUCUAACACCUUAUCACAAAAGAUUAGAAGAAUGAAAAAAAGAACGGUUAUUAAACGAGUCACAACUUCUUUGAACCCAUUUGAUGAAAUGAAAUUGAAGACUAUGCGAGAAAAAAUCAAAUAUAAAGAUGCUAGGGUUAAUCGAAUGAAAGAUAAGCUGAAGCGUACUACAGACCUGAUCGUAAAUCAACAGAAGAAAGCAUGUAUGAUAUGUAUGACAGAUAGUGACUUGGAUAAAAUUUCAAAAAAUCAAAAAUUAGUUAUCCAAGAAAUAAUUUCGGCUGCGAAAACAAAGGAUCCAAAAGGCCGCCGUUACACAGAUGAGUUUAUAAUGAUGUGUAUGCUAAUGAAUAUCAAAUCUCAGAGUUACUACGAAUUCUUGAGGAAGAAUGAGAUCAUUCCAUUGCCUUGUGCAAGGACCAUUCGAGAUUAUAUGUCUCAAGUGGGUACAAAGCGUGGAUUUGAUGAAAAAUUUGUUAAGCUAUUAAAAGAAUCACAGUGUCCCGACCCUCGAUGAGAUCAAUUCGAAGAAGUCUAUUGCUGUGAAUCCAGAGACAUUGACUUACAUGAGCUUAACAGACUUUGAUAACCUGAUGACACUUCAAAGUUCAAAUAUCAGGUACUUGGCAACCCAAGGUCUUGUGUUACAGUACCAGUCCUUAACAAAUAAGUAUAUUCAACCAAUCGCUGGUUUUGCUUUAAAACGUUCAGCUUGCGAAGAAUACUUAGCUAAAAUUGUUUUUAAAGCAACAUAUUUGUUAAAAAAUGUUGGAGCUUUUAUACAUGAUGUCAUUGGAGACAGUGCUUUGACAAACAGAGGGAUGACUAGGCUAUCUAUGCAAACAACUUUUACAAAAUGAUAUGGUAAAAAAGGUAAAUCAUGUACAGAAACACUGAUCCAUAGCAAGAAUAAUACUUCAGUUGCACAGUUAGUUGGCAUGAAAACGAAAGGUUUGAUUCGUGCAAAUUUGCAUUCUUUUAUCAUUUAAUGAAGUACGUAAACGAAUGUUUCUUAAAAUACACAUCAAACAUAAAAAUUUUUUAUCUCUCAGCAGACAAAACAUUGGAUGUACUGGAAAUAUGUCUUUCUGUAAGUAGGUUCAUUAUUAUGUCCAACUAAGAAUGUGUCAAUUUAGACAUCAAAGAAACCAAAGAG